AUGCGUCUCUCUACUAUCUUUACCACCUUCGCCGUCCUGCUGGCCACCCCGGUGCUUUCAGCACCUGGCGCGUCACUGAAGUCGGUCGAGCGCUAUGCAGGGCCAACUUCUGGCAAGCAUAUCGUUAAACUCAAGGACGGCGUGUCGCGCAAUCAGUGGAUGCGCAAGCUCAAGCUUCCCUCCGACACCGUUGAGCUGAACCUGAUCAACGGUUUCUCUGGUACUCUCAACGAUGAGACUCUCGCCGCGCUACAAGCCUCCGAGGACGUCGAAUUCAUCAGCGAGGACGGUAUCGUGCAAAUGCACUCCCCCGUCACUCAUAAACUCGACUUCAAGUACACCUACGAGUCUUCCGCCGCUGGAAGUGGUGUGGAUAUCUAUCUUACAGACACCGGUAUUCUGACUACUCAUACCGAUUUUGGGGGUCGCGCACGAUGGGGAGGAUCCUUUGGCGUCGGAGGCGGCAUCGCCGCAGGUGCUCGAUGGGGAGUUGCGAAAAACGCCUCUCUCAUUGCCGUCAGGGUUUUGAGUAACAGCGGACAAGGACCUGUUUCUGGAAUUGUCGCUGGCUUGGACUGGAUCCGUUCUCAAGCCGCCGCUUCUGGCAGGCCAUCUGUCGUGUCCAUGUCUCUGGGCGGCAGUGUAUCUCAAGCGCUCGACGAUGCAGUCACCAGGGUUUCGGCAGGCAACGACAACAAGGACGCGUUUAACGUCUCUCCUGCCCGAGUACCCUCCGCCAUUACUGUUGGCGCCGCCAACAUCUUCGACGCGAAGGCGGCCUUCUCCAACUUUGGCCCUGUUGUAACCGUCUAUGCACCCGGACAGAACGUGACCAGCGCUUGGAUCGGAGCUGAUAACGCGUCGAGCAACAGGGUUUCUGGAACCUCCAUGGCCGCGCCUCACAUUGCUGGAUUGGUAGCCUAUUUGAUUUCAAAGGAUGGGAAUAUCUCUCCGGCUCAGAUGCAAGCCAAGAUUCAGAACCUUGCUGUUAAAGGAGCUAUCAGCGGUCUCCCAUCCGGUACUGCCAACAAUCUCGCCCAGAUCGGGCCUUUGUAA